AUGUCCUCUUGGUGGUCAUCGUGGUUGCCUUCUCUGUCCAUCCCGUCCAUCGACUUGUCAUUGCCGACCGGUAUCCAGCGCCGCUUCAUCUCCUUCGCGCUGAAACGUUCUCUCGGACACUUUCUGCAACCCGGACAGCUAGAUGUACAGCAGAUUGAUUCGCAGAUCGGAUCAGGCUAUGUUCAGAUCAGGGAUUUGGAGCUCAAUAACGAUGCUAUCAACGCAUUGCUUGUCGGGCUACCUCUAGAACUUCGCGAUGGCUCCAUUGAGAAAGUGACGGCGCGGAUCUCUUGGCCCAAUCCUUUAACCUCUACAGUAGGGAUGACCCUCGAGUCUCUACACCUGACGUUCCAUGUAUCCUCUUCCCCUCGUGCCGGCACGCCCCUGACGCCUGUAGACCUGUCAGAAUCAGUAGCAUCGGUUGCCGAGUCAUUUAUACAUGAAGAACUUACCCCUAAUGAGGAGGCGACAUUGCGCGAGUCGUUUCAUCCCGAUCUCGGUUCCCCCACAGAGAUAUCUAUGGACAACCUACCGGGAGGACUUGAUCCUUUCGUUACAGAUAUGGGACCCCCUUCCGGCGAAAUGGAGCCUCAAGGUGUGUCACUGUUCGCAACGUUGAUUGAGCGGUUAUUAGCUCGGUUUGCCUUCGAUGCGGUGGACACCAGAAUUACGCUGGUCCAUCCUGGUCACGCUAGUUUUACGUUGGUCGUUCCAGAGGUACGAUAUGGAGCAGAGAAUAGGAAUGAGGACAAUCUAAUAUCGGGGAAUGCAAAUCUCACAAGCAUGCGAGGUGAAGCGCGAUCCGUCUCAAUCUCAGGACUCCAUGUAACUACUCGCUGUCUACGACCACCUAGUACGCAGGAUGAGACGCCAGAAUCGCCUACCACGUCCAUCGGACAUGAAACAUUGCAUCAUUCAACGUCCUCGCUGGCAACUGCAUCUGAGGCUCCCUCUUCGCCAGAUUCAGACUCAUCGGACAUGGAUGAAGACACUCAGAUGUUAAUGUCACAAUCUAUCGCAGUCUUUCCUCCGCGCCCGGCAUCUCCAUCUAGCUCAGUGGCCAGCAGUCUGUACCAAAGUGCAAUGUCCGCUGCCUCCUCUGCAGUGCAGCCACAGCCGAGCAGCUCACAAGAUAAUGCAAACUCUCGGCCCCAAAGCUCGACGCCGACUUCCACAGCACGGCGGCCUACACACAAUGUGGAAGAUGAAACAACGUAUAAAGAUCGGCAUUCACCCGGACACUUGAAGCCACAGACAAUAAAUGAGAUGCAUGAUGAGACUAUUCUCUCACUAGCAUCUGAACCUAUUGUGGUCCGUGUAACAACCCCCUUGCCGACGGGUAGUCCCGAGUUAGGAAGCCAUACUAUGUCUCCCACCGCGAAGGUGCAUAUCCGGAGCACAGACAAAUCAGAAGAACCCUUUCGUGUCGAGAUUAUGAUCGGUGUGAUUGCAGCUGCCCUUCGAGCACGGCACAUCCGAGGCAUUCUCGAUAUCGCGCGCGUCUUCAGUUCGGACGCUCCGGCAUCUACUACAACGGACAUGCCCAACUCCGAUACACGUACUCUACCGUCCAUGGAGGCCGAAUUACGCGUCCGCGGCACUAUUCUUCUGCUCUUGCCCGCAUCGACAACGCAUGUCGGCUUCGUGGAUCUGCUCACUGAGUUCUUCGCCAGGCCACUUAUUCCUCCUCAUCUACCGCAUGGAUUCUUCCGCGUACAUUUGGAUGAUUUAAAGGCGUCUUUGUCCAUUCGCUCAGCCCCACCUGUCGGAUCGAAAUCAUCAAGUACGAGAACUAGGAAACAUGCACCUACCACUGCUUCACGUCCGAUGAUCUCGAUGACGCUCACCCUUUCCGAGAUAUCUGUGUUUACAUUCGUGCUCGCUGCAGGAACCACUCCCCCAAACCUGGCGCAGACGACAAUCAAGCACUUUGCCCAUCCAAUUCUCAUCACAGACCCACAUCUACCUUCGCAAUAUCCACCUCCGUCGUCUUCAACGAGCGCAAUGCAAGGACCGGUCCUACCGGCAUUCGACGUGAUUGAUUGGACAGACUCUGCGCACCAAAGCACCACAGCCAAGUUGUCGCUAUGGCGCAUCAGAGGGUCUCAACAUCGUUCUCCUCCAUUGCGGACACAGCAGACGCACGAGCGUUUACCAUUCGUCGAACCUCAAUCGAGUCCACGCCGCAAGAGUACCGAAGUGCCAGUCUCAUUUAGUUCCGAUGGCCUGCAUUCAAUGCCUUCCCCGUCGUCGUCUCUUUUCACUAAACCAGGAAUGUCGCGUUCACCCGGGAAGAAUAAUGAUAUAGGGCAGCACUCCCAUGAAGCGGCAAUUACGGUCAAGGUUCACACUUUGCAAUCGCCGCCAUCGAUCUCGACGUCCAGUCGGCGGCAGCGCUACGAUCAAGGGCGCAUGAGCAUUCAGGUCAAGUUUGAGCCAUUGCACGUUUUCCUGGACCUCGCUCCUCUGCUGGAUAAGCCUCAGCAGGGCCGAAGCGAGGCCAUGCUGUUCCUCGAGGAGAUUGCCGCGCCUGACGAGAUGGACCACAAUGAACAAUCACCGGACCAGCGCAACAACGCCGGAGAUGAUCAGAGUACGGACGAGGAAGAUGAGCACACGCCGCCUGCGACACCUCGGGCACGUGCGUCUGUCGGCCUGCACACUUUGGAGAGCGAGCGAGAGCGCGAGAGACGUAGGUUGGAGCGGCUCGUUUUGGAAGACCUCGAUCUGGGAUUUGACUACCGCCAAGAGGUUCCCCAGGCUGCCAGUGCUCAGGCUGCUUCGAAGGUGCGGUUUUGGCGGAAGCGGAGGCCACGAGGACGUCAACCAGAACGGUCGGAGGUUAUCGUGAAGUUCCCUGCCAUUCGUGUAGAAAUCCGAGGUCCUCCUCCGCGGAACCACGAGCCGCGUUCAGGUGCAGUUGUAAUUGACGUCCAUGAUUUACGACUGUCGUUGGGACGUCCACUCCAAAACGACCAGAGCGGACAGACACAAUUCCGUCCAGUGGAACUCGACUCAGACGGCAUCAAUAGAGCUGCCGAUGAUCUCAACGAUGUGCUGCUGUGUGCCGAUUGGGGGCGUGCACUUAUCGCUUACGCUCCACGUUCAGGAUCGACCGCCCACUCCAUCUUAUCGUUCAGUCCUCUACCUGCUGAAGGAACCCAGGAGGGCGACGUAUGCUUUGGAGCGGAGACGCCUCACGCUGAGAUUGUCGAGAAGCAUUCACGACCUCAUUUUCGCUUGCUACGUCCCGCAGCAACAGCGCGCCCGCCGUCUAUUAGCGCGGUGGCUUUGGCUCUCGAUAUUCCAUCGGUUCACGUCGAGCUCAGGAAACCCAUUCUGGACGGUCUUCAACUCUGGGCUGAUGAUCUUACGCAACUAGUGGAGGCCGUUCUCGAAGAUAGCACAUCAUAUGAGAUAGACACGGAUGUAGCGGAAAGUAAGGACGCUAGUCUCAUUGGUAGUCACUUUUUUGCCAGGUCGCGGAGCGCAGGUAGUGAAAAAAGUGGAGCUGAAAGCGAUUUCGCGAAUGCACCAUCUAAUACCGAAGUCACCGCUCUCAAAGAGACGGCAAUCAAGAUCACGGUGUCUCGAGCCACCAUCAGCCUUUUCCUUCCUCGGCAUUCUGAAGGCACAGGAGUCACCCGACCUUUCGUGGUAUCGGCGUCGGACGUUGAUGCCUUGGUUGAGUUGAAGCCGGAAGGGAAGGACGAGACGGUGCUAACGAUAGGCGUGAUGGAUCUCAGCGUCGUGGAUUAUGACAAAUCGAACUCACCUUUAUCAAUAAUGUGCAGAACACCGAUGCGUACAUUGAGCGCAACGCGACCUGCGGUCAAAGUCCGUUUUGCUGCUCUAGUGAUACCAGAGACCCUGUCGAAGGAGUCGAGAAUCAAGGUCACCGUAUGGGGCAUCACGAUUAAUCUGUCUACCGACCUAGAUUGGGCGUCGGACGUUGGAUCAUUUGUUAAGACUCCACCAGGGGCUUUUGAGUCUGUUGUACCAACUGAACGGACGAGGGUUUCGGUGAAGAUUAUCAAUAGCGCAAUUCGCGCGACUGCCCCCAACCAUCCUGGUGCCCUUAUUCACAGUAUCGAAGAAUUCGACUUUUCUACCGUCAUCGUCGGCAACUUAUCUGAAAUGUCAUUCCAAUUGCGCCUUCCUGGUGCAUCGUUGUUCCUGGUCGACAACCUUGCUGCCGUGUCAGAACGGCCGGAAUUCGGUGCAAAUCCACAAGUUGGUGUGCAGUCAAGCGGCUUUGCAUUCUGGAAGGGAGCAGGCUAUGCCCUGCUCGCUGAAGUUGCAGAUUUAAGCAUGUCAUACGCCCGCGAUGACAGUUCCACGCCAUCAGAUAUCAGGAUAACAAUUGACCAUUGUGAUGCGCGUCUCCAUUUGUGCGCGGAUACGAUGACCGCACUCGCGGCGUUUGUGAGUGACAUCAGUGCAGCUUUUGCUGAGCCUGAUGUUAGUCGAGAGCCAUCGAUGAACAAGCGAAAGGCACCUAUGAAACUCAGCGAGAGCACAAGCCCCUCACGGGGAUUGCUUUCAUCUCUUGAUGAAGAAGCCUUCCGGCGACUUCCAGAGGUUGGUUCAGCCGCUGACAUGAUAGAAGACGAUCUUCCGACCAAUGCGAAUUACCUUGAUGAAUCAUUUGGUGCUGCCGCAGGCCUGCGGGAGCUGGACGACGAAGAAUUCAACGAAUCUGCAACUGGUCAGGAGGGCUCCUAUGGUGUUGCCGGUGGCGGAUCUCAACAAUUCGGACGAGCAUUCUACACAAGAAAUGAGACCAUCAAGAUGCUCCGCCCAGAACGCUUGCGUAUUAUUGAGCACCAUUUCGACACGAUAACUCCUGAUUCGGCAGAUGGUUCAUCAAGUUAUGAAGAAACGACUCUUCGAGUACGGCUACAUGACUGCGACGUGACUCUGUUUCUAUAUGACGGCUAUGAUUGGGCACGGACUCGCAGAAUCAUCGAGGAAGAGCAGAAGGAGAUGAGGCGCAAACUUGCCAAGAUUAGGCAGCUCGUCGCAAGCGGACAAAUACCUGACCCGAGCAUUGAGGAGACGAACACUCUGUUGUUCAAUUCCGUAUAUAUUGGUCUCGAGCACAACGUUGACGAACUGGAACCGAGCGCCUUGAUCGCUGCCAUCGACGAAGAGCUGAACGAAGACGCGGAGACGGCAACUCAGAGCUCUUGGCAGUCGCUGAAGCCGCAAUCGACAACCUCGCCAGGGAAAUCCAACCCUCGUGUGGCUCGCUCUCGACGGAAGCGACUGAGCAGGUCGAAGGGACCAAGCAUUGAAUUCAGGUUGAUGGGCGUUGAUGCAGAAGUAGACCGCUACAAACAGGACUCGGAGUUCACGUCCCGUACAUUGGUCACAGUGCGAGAUGUGGAGAUCUUGGAUCACAUCAAGACUUCGACUUGGAGGAAAUUUCUGACAGCUCUUCUCACCGAUCCAAGAGGGAAUAUCCGCGAGACUGGGUCGAAUAUGGUGCGAGUGGAGCUACGUACUGUCCACCCUGUCCCAAGUGAUCCUUCAGAAGAGGCGAGGUUACGCGCCAAGAUUUUACCGCUCAGAUUACAUGUCGAUCAAGAUGCACUUGACUUUUUGAAGAAGUUUUUCAGCUUCAAAGAUCCGGACAGCACCCUCACCGCUUCUACUGAGCCUGCAGAGGAAAUCUUUUUCCAACAAGCGGAGGUGUUCCCGGUUGAUAUCAAGUUGGAUUACAAGCCACGCCGUGUGGAUUACAGAGCUCUGCGUGAUGGACGAACCAUUGAACUGAUGAAUUUCUUCCACUUUGAUGGUGCUGAGAUGACUCUGCGUCACAUUACGCUGACUGGAAUUACUGGCUGGCCACGGUUCUUUGACAUGCUCAAUGACUUGUGGACGCCUGACGUAAAGGCCACGCAGCUAGUCGAUGUCAUCUCCGGAGUAUCCCCUAUCCGUUCAGUGGUCAAUGUAGGCUCUGGAGUGGCGGAUCUGGUCCUACUGCCGAUAGCACAGUACAGGAAGGACGGCAGAGUAGUCCGAGGGCUGCAGAAGGGAACGACGGCUUUCAUGCAGUCUACCGCCAUGGAGGCCAUCAAGUUAGGUGCCCGACUGGCCACAGGCACCCAGGUUAUCCUCGAGCAAGCAGAGCAUGUCAUUGGCGGCCAGUUCAAAGACCCUGUUAUGGCAGAGGCUAUGCAGACAUCUCCCUUCAUGGACGAACUCGGAGAGGAGCUGCAGUCGGAAGAUGCGGGCGAUCUCAUCAGUCGAUAUGCUGAGCAACCUCAGAAUGUCAAAGAGGGUGUUCAGUCUGCAUACAAGAGUCUGAAGCAGAAUUUCAACUCUGCUGCGCAGACGAUCCUUGCUGUGCCGAUGGAGGUAUAUGAACGAUCCGGGAACGAGGGACCCGUCCGUGCCGUCGUACGCGCCGUGCCUAUAGCUGUUCUAAAGCCUAUGAUUGGUGCGAGCGAGGCCGUCAGCAAGGCUCUGUUGGGCUUGCAUAACACACUAGACCCUAACAUCCGCCAGGAGAAUGAAGCGAAAUACAAACAGCGAUAG